AUGGUCAGCCCGCCGAAGACGCCGUCUGGCCAUACAAUAGGUAUCGGUCCACCGCACCACCUUCAACCACCCCUUCAUCUCUUUGGCCGGGUCAAUCCUAGGCUCUGCUCCAAGUAUAUUGCCCGUCUUUAUCUUCACGCCGCCCACAAGGGCCUGCCGCAGACAGCGAGCUCGAAUUCCGCCAAUCAAGCCGAAGGGCACAUUAUUACCCAGGGCCAGUCGAGCUCCCCCAGCCUGGAACGAUGUACACUAUCGUGUACCGGUAUCACCCUCCGUGAUGGAGUUCGGAUGGCGAGAUCUCGGUUCCUUCCAGAGAUGGCAACCGGUUCCAUGUUCCCGUCCUACUUUAAAGUUUCUCUUAUUAUGUUCCUCGCGAACCUCUUCUCUUCAAGCAAUCCCAAGCUAUCUCUCUGCUAG